AUGUCUGCACAUACACUACUCAAAGCUUCAGUACGAAAAAUAUGCCAGCUAAACGAACUCACUAGCCUCUUGAACCCUUGGAUCAUCACCCCCUUCAAUCCACACCUUGCCAUCGCUUCUGAUUUCCAUCCUCUCACAACCAUCCUUAUUUACAGCCUUCUGGAGCAAAUCUCACUCCUCGGAAUCAACUAUGUAGCUCUCGAACCCUGGACUGUUCUCCUUUGGACAGCUACCACCCACCUUGGCGUCUCCCUGAUGUGUCUGGACAUGUUUGCAGCUCUACGUCAUCGGGAACUCCAGAACACUAGGGAGGAGAAGUCAGACAGUCAGGGAUCGAAACCUCGUCCCCCAAAAUCCUCCUCUGCUUUUUGGCUUCUGCCACCUGUAUUGACAGCUGCGCUCAAUAACGCCGCGUUCAUACUAUACAAUCAAACCUCGCAGGCACCGUCUAGACUCAAACAACAUUCCAACAUUCUCAUCCUGUCGACCUUCGCAACACUCUGCUUCCUCGGCUGUCGAUUUGCCGACUGGCAGAUAUGGCAUCGAACACGGCGAGGGCUCGAUACUACUACCUAUCUCACCUCUCUGCUCUAUCAGCUUCUUUUGCUUCUUGCAAGAGUGCUUAUGAGAUGGACUGCUGGUUUCCAGCCUCUGAUCUCACUAAAGACUUUGGAUGAGGUGGAGGCAGAAGAGAGGUUUGGGGUGCAGAGAUAUCGAUGGGUCAAGGAAAUCGGGCUGCAGAGACUGCCUGAUUGGGUCAUGUGGAUUUUACCAUUGUUAUGCUUCGUUUUUGUCUUGUCGGGGAAUUUGCUGUGGGGUCGAGAAGUGAAGGCUGUAUGGCGUGGGGGAGGGAGCCGAGCAAGUUCAUGA